CCGCAGAAGCUGAAAGACUGAACGAAAACAAGAUGCGAUAGUUUACCUUCACCGAUGAGCUGUGAUCAGUGACAGCGUUGUUAACGCGUCUCUUUUUUCUCCUCCUGCUACUGUAAAUGUCACAUCUCUGUACCGGCGGCGUUUGGCACUAAAUCAAAACUAACCAUGCAGUUCUCCCCCACCAACGGAGACUUUACGUUCGUCUCUUCGACAGAGGCUGAAGAGCUCAGCGGCACCAUCAGCGCCCCGGAUAUUAAGCUGAACGUGGGCAGCGAGAGCGGUAAAGAUCCAUAUGCCACCACCUUCCUGCGGCAGCGGGGCUACGGCUGGCUGCUGGAGGUGGAGGAGGACGAGAGCGAAGAGAGCAGCAAACCUCUCCUGGAGGAGCUGGACAUUGACCCGAAGGACAUCUAUUACAAGAUUCGAUGUGUGCUGAUGCCAAUGCCAUCACUGGGUUAUAACCGGCAGGUGGUCCGAGACAACCCGGACUUCUGGGGCCCUCUCGCCGUGGUGCUGCUCUUCUCCAUGAUCUCCAUCUAUGGACAGUUUCGGGUUGUGUCUUGGAUCAUCACCAUCUGGAUAUUUGGAUCACUAACGAUCUUCCUGCUGGCUCGUGUUCUCGGUGGUGAGGUUUCCUUCGGCCAGGUCCUCGGUGUGAUCGGAUAUUCCCUUCUUCCUCUCAUCGUUAUAGCCCCGGUGCUCUUGGUGAUCGGAGGCUUCGAGGUGGUUUCUACACUAAUCAAACUGUUCGGAGUGUUCUGGGCGGCGUACAGCGCUGCUUCCCUGCUCGUCGGAGAUGAAUUCAAAACGAAGAAGCCCCUCCUCAUUUAUCCCAUUCUCCUUUUGUAUAUCUACUUCCUGUCAUUAUAUACUGGUGUGUGACUGGAUGAAUUGAAACUGGACCUUUUCAUGGACACUGACCCAGGUGUGGGGCGGAGGGGUCAAACUACAGAACCAGGAUUUUUCUUCUUCUUUUUUUUUUUUUUUUAAAGGUGUUUAUUGCUUUUUUAACUGCAUUAAAUUGUAGACGGUGGGAUUGUUAGGAAUAUAUAACAAUGUAUAUAGUUGUGUCCCUCAUGUCUUCGGUCAAUAAAAUGCAUAUGCUUUUACAGCUGAACCGUCA